UUUGUUUGAUUUUUUUAAUGGAAAAUGUAGCGAUAUACACCUGUGAACAUGAACCCUUUUGAGAAUCAGCGUGUCAACCAAUAAAAGUGACUGCUAAAGCAGCCUGCUGAUGACGCACUGUUUGUGUUUUCUGAGGCGUCAUCAACCGAAGCCCAAUCCAACGAGAGCUACAAACUGCACAGUCAGCCGCAGACGGAUUCAGACCAGCAUUAAAGACUCAAGGAGAUCCAGACUUCUUGCGGCUGAAUGCGGAUGCUGUUUAAUAUUACCCAUUAACUUGCAAAAACCCACCAAUAAUACUGCGGUCAAAUGGACUGAUGCUGCAAGAUCAUUUCUGAUCUUUAUGGAUUUGUGCCCUCCAUCUGGCACUAGAUUGAAAUGUGCUGGGAAGCUCGUAACAUCUGAAGAUUAACUAAAACUGAACAUGGAAUAUAUUCAAUCUGCAUCUGACAGUCUGCCUAAGCACCUGGCUGAGUCUUGUGAUCUGUACAAGUGGCCAAAUAUUUCCCAAAACAUGACUGUGGAUGUAUAUGCUUCUAGCAUUGCAGGACCACAAUACUUCUGGUGCCAACAUGCCAACACAGAAGACCUUAACAAAGUAUCAUCACUUGCUAAAGCGGCUGCACAGGCACAAGAUGUAAUUCCACCUGAAAAUCUUAAACCUGGUACUCCUUGCCUCGCUCUGUUUUCAGAAGACAACCAGUGGUACAGAGCUCAAGUAACUAGCAAUGCAGACAAAACUGUCCACGUUAUGUUUGUUGAUUAUGGAAAUGAGUGUGAUGUUGAGCAAAAAUAUGUAAGAUUACUGCCUCAAAACCUGCUAGAGAUGGUUCCUCAGGGAUUUCUGUGUUGUUUGGAUGGUAGUAUGGAGUCUAGUGGCUCCUGGGAUGAAAAGGUCUACGAUGAUUUCUACAAUCUCAUAGUUGACAAGCCACUUAAAGUGACAGUUGCAGCCAUGGAAAAUUAUUCAGAGAUUGCAGUUCCUCAGCACUCCGUAACCGUGGAGUGUGACAAGAUUGAGGUUAACAAAGUAAUUCAGAAAUAUUGGAAGUCGUUUUCUUCAGAACAUUGUGGAGAUGUGGCACAAACCAACACUUCAUCCCAUAAUUUUCAAAACCGCAACAACACGCAUAACCUUGAUGUUUCUAAAGAGAUGAGUACUUCUAUGUAUAAGCAACCAGAAAUGUCCAGAAGCAAAACCGAAAUGGUUUAUGCAUCCUGUAUUGCAGAACCAACAUUCUUCUGGUGUCAAUUUGCCAACACGGAGGAUCUGUGCAAAGUAUCCCAGCUAGCCCAGCAGGCCGGUGAGGCACAGCAGGAUGUGACAUUCCCUCAACGUAUUGGACCAGGCAGCCAUUGUCUCGCUUUGUUUCCUGAUGACAAGCUGUGGUACAGAGCAUUGAUAGUUCAGAAAGGCAGCAAAACGCUGCAUGUCCUGUUUGUAGACUAUGGAAACGAGUCAGACAUUGACAUCCAAGACAUAAGACCUUUGCCUCAGAAUCUCCUGGAGCAAGCACCUCAGGCCUUUCUGUGUCGUUUGUUUGGAUUUGAUGAGUCUAAGGGCUCUUGGGAUGACCAAGCUUAUGAUUUCUUCUACAAUCUUCUGAUUGAAAAACCAUUAAAACUGCAGGUGUUCAGUGUGGAGAGCCAUUCGGAGAUACCAGUUCCUCAGUAUUCCGUGGAAAUUGAAUGUAAGGGAGUAUCUAUAAAUGCAUCACUGCUUCAACAUUGGAAACUAAAGGAGAAUGUGCUGUGACAGAAAACCCUUAGAUAAUCAACUAAUGGCAAACUUGCCCCCAUUUGUGUCUUACAAGGGAAAUGAAUGGCACAUAUAUAAAGACUUAAAUAUAUCCAGAAAUAUGACAGUGGGUUUGUGUUAAUCCUCUCUACAUGGAAGAUCUAAACAAAGACUCGUGACUUGCAGUCACAAUCGCUUCCAAAGAGAGACCUAUGGAAAUGCCCUUGAGGAUUGCUCAUUGCCAUUUCUUUUUUUCCUUUUAGAACGUUUACAAAACAAAAUAAAGCUGUUCAUGAAAAAUCUAAA